AUGGCUUUGGUGGAAAGGGAGACGCUGUCCCAAGACGAACUGCGGAAAAGGCUCUAUCAGACUUUUAAGAACCGAGGUGUGCUGGACGCACUGAAGACACAGCUCCGAAACCAGUUAAUCCAUGAACUAAUGCACCCAAUUUUAAGUGGAGAGCUUAAGCCACAGGCUGUUCAGAGUGAUGACAGUUCACUUCUGAUCACAGCUUCCAACAGUUUGGUGGCGGAUCAUCUACAGAGGUGUGGCUAUGAGUAUUCACUUUCUGUUUUCUUUCCAGAAAGUGGAUUAGAGAAGAAGCUGUGGACUAUGCAAGAUCUUCUUCAAUUAAUGAGGAUCAAUCCAAAAUCCAGUCUUUACAAUUCACUGACUUCGGGAACUCAGAAGGAAAAUAAAGGUUUUCUUAUGCAGAUUUUAAUUGGACUUACAGAACAUCAUCUAAGUAAGGAAACUCGUGACACAGAAACUCAGACAACCUCAGUGCCUCCUUACAGAGAAUCUCUUGCUGAGAAACUUCAGCUGAUUGAUGAACAGUUUGCAGACUCUUAUCCCCAGCACCAGAAAUACAAAUCUUUAGAAGUAAAACUUCAUGAAUAUAGAAAAGAAAUAGAGAAGCAGCUUCAAGCAGAAAUGUUUCAAAAGCUAGAACACUUCAAAGAAGUUGAAAUAGCAAAGAUUAAAAUGGAGGAGAAAGCGCAGACCCAGAAAGAAAUUGCUGAGCUACGUCAUGAGUUAGAGAGGACGCAUCAAGCAAAGUCUGAAGCCUUGAUUUCUCGUGAAAAGAAUGCUAUUGAGAGGCUUCAAAAACAACAAGAGAUAGAAGCAAAGGAAGUGUACGCUCAGAGACAAAGUCUGCUGAAAGAUAUUGAACUCAUAAGGACCAGAGAGGUGGAACUGAAGCAAAGAAUUGAGGCAUUUGAACUCACUCAGAAACUUCAGGAAGAAAAAAAUAAAGCUAUUGAUGAUGCACUUCGACGUCGGGAGGUUGCUGUGAAGAACAUAGAAGAGGCAUAUGACCAAAAGCUUAAGGCGGAACUCUUAAAAUAUCAGCUUGAAUUAAAAGAAGAAUACAUAGCCAGAACCAAUAAAGUUACUGAAGAUGAGAAAAAAAAUAAAGAGAGAGCCAUGCUUUUGCAUGAAGAAGCCAUUGCUGUUAAUUCAAAAAAGGAGGAACUCAAGCAAGCUGUGUCACGCACAAGAGAGCUUGAGCUGGAUUUAGAGUCAUUGAAGGCCCAGGUUCUGUUGGUAAAUAAACAGAAUCAGUUGUUGACAGAAAAACUGAAAGAGGUAUCAGACUAUACUUUGCUAAAGGAGGAGAAGUUGGAGCUCCAAGUACAGAAUAAACUACUUAGGCAACAGUUGGAUGAGACUCGCAGUGAGAACCAGCACCUUCGAGACAAGCUGUCACAGCCCUCGGCAGAGCACCUGGCCUGCCAAAUAGAACUGAGGAGAGUGGAACAUUCUAGGAAGCUGGCACUGGAUGAAUUUGAAAGUCAGAAGCAGAUUUUGGAAAAGCAGCUACAAAGUGAGGUUGAGCGUUGUGCCCAGUUAAAGACUCAACUGCUGGACUCCGAAGCUACUGUCAGGAAGUUAAAUGUGCAGGUUGAAGAACUGAGUCUACAGGUGAAACAAACACAGGCAGCUCUGGAAAAUGAAGUGUAUCGGAAUCCAAAACCUUCACUUGUUGACCGCUCUGUCCUUGACUUCACUGGUGACAGAAUUGUACCUCAUGAUAUUUAUGUGGAUAGUGCCUUCCUGAAGAAUCAGAUUAUGACCAAUGUGACGAAGGUAAAUGCUGUGCCAAGAGUUGGCUAUUGUCAGCAGUUACAGCCACGCAGUGCUUCUCCAGAUUCUGACCUGGAGUGUAUGGUGCAAACCCGGGCUAGGAUAAAAGAACUAGAAAAAGAGGCAGAAUAUUUGGAAGAAGCCUACAGGAACUACCAACACAGAGUCAUGCAGGAUGCAGCUGCAAGCAGAACACCCAGAAAGAAGCAGUCCCCUUUACCUCUACAGUGUGCUAUUAGCAGACCUCCCUUGAUUACGCAGCAUGAACUUCCAGAGGAUAAUCCCAGCUCCCAGCAUUCCCCCCUGAGCAGUCAAAGAGAUGAAAAAUACAUCAAAAAAAUGGGGCAGGUUGAUGUCUUUAAAACUCCCUUAACACCACCACGCAGAGGAGUGUCUUCUUCAAGACGCCUUUCUUCUACUCCUGUUUCCAAAUUGGAGAGAGAUCACAGUAACAAGAAAACUUCAGGUG